GAUCCAUCAGGCGAGUGUUUUACCACUAGACUACGGCGACUUCUGUAUGCUAUAAUUGUUAUGACACCGCCGUUUGUUAUAAUUGUUAUGACACCGCUGUAUGCUUUGACCGCUGUAUGAUCGCCACGUGGGUUACAAGGCCAGAUAUGUUCUAUGGCAUUCAAAUCAGGGCAAGGCGCAGGCCGGUCCCCGUAAGUGAUAUUGUUUCCCUGAGGAGGAGCACUGACUAUCCUAGUCUGAGCGGUUCAGGCGAUGUUAUGGUCCAUGCAAAUGAAAUCAGUUCCUUGCUGUUGGGCUAGAGGGAUGACAAUAGAUGUAAUGAGUUCACCCCUAUACCUCACCAUAGUACCUUUCCUAAGUAUGAUAAGAUCAGUUAUUUGUCCAAUCUGAAUUUCUACACAAACCAUAAGGCUGCCCUUACUAUAACGAUCGUGUUGGACUGGUUUAAUGUGUGAAGCAUUGCCUAACCUCGCUUCACACUCUUCGUCAUCCAUCCUUAAAGUCGAGACAGAAUCUUGAUUUGUUCGUAAAGAGAACUUGAUCUCACCAGUUGACAUGCUGCCUUGCCCACUAGAUUCACACCUGUCGAUGAUGCUGCUGUAGCGGGAUGCGUUGUAGUGGUCUUCUGGAGUUUCAGACCACCAGCAUGAAGUCUGAUCCUAACUGCCUGAGUGGAUUUUUGAUUAUUGUGAACUCUUGCUAAAUCAUUUCGGAGACUUUGUGUAGGUGAUCCCAGCUAUGGGCCUUGAUGAAGGGUUGCUACCUGUGGACGACCCGAACAAGCUCACCCAUGAAAAGGAUAGUCUGUUGAAACCUUGCAACGGCUUUAGAAAUUACACCGAUGAACGUUGUAUUGGUUGGACUAGAAGACAAUGGCGCUGCUACAUGGAACCGACUACUGUGACAAGUUUUCACCCGAGAUUUUUCUCAAGGACUUCUGGGGAUAUCUUGACGAUCAGAACAUAUUUACAAUAUCCAAUGCAUACAUCUUCCUCAACGAUGAAAGACUGACAGGACAUCGACUCCUUGACUUUGGUUGCGGUCCGUCUCUCAGUGGGAUGAUCACUACGCCAGAACGAUUCUCGGACAUUGUCAUGGCUGACCUUGCACCGUCCAACCUUGAUAUUAUUCGGCGCUGGAUGGACGGAGAAAAGAUAAACUUCAACUGGGAUCAUAUUUUCAGGUUUACAGCAGAGUUAGCUGGUGCAAAAGAUGUGUCAGAAUGGACUGAAAGAAAGAUUGGUCACCUAAAGACAUUCGUGAAGAAACUUGUCACUUGCGACGUCACAAAGGAACUGCCAUUAGGACCAGACUACGUUGAGGCGUUCGAUGUCGUAUUUACCAGUUUCUGUCUUGCUACUGCUGCAAAAAGUAUUGCUGAAUACAAACAGUUCCUGAAACAUGUGGCCUCCCUUCUUCCCUCUGGUGGCCAUCUUGUCAUGCGCGACACAUUGAACCUAACGGCUUAUACAGUUCAUAACAAGAAGUUCCACUUUCUAAAAUUAUCGAUGGUUGAUGUAAAAGAUGCCUUAUGCAAUGCCCAGUUUGAGGUUCUGGAAUGUAAAUCUGAGAAUUUCAGCAUGCCUCUAUGUGAGCCUCCUGAAUUGUCAGUCUUUGUUCUGUUGGCAAGAAAAGCUUAAAGUUUCAAUCUUUAACUUUAUUUACUAAGGUCAAAUAGAGCUACAGACACACAGUUUUAAUAAACUUAUCUUUCAUUAUACGCUUAUAUAGUUUUCAUGCUGGAGUGUCGUUAACCAUCUAUUCUAUUUUAUUCUAUUCUGUUCUAUACACCUAUAUAUCUGUUGCAAAAAUUAGUUCAUUUAUACCAUGUGAACGAACAUUAAUUACCAGUCGUAUACAAAAAGCCAUAUUGGACGCUAAAAAGCAUAUUGGACGCUAAAAGGCAUAUUGGGCGCUAAAAGGCAUAUUGGACGCUAAAAGGCAUAUUGGGCGCUAAAAUGUAUAUUGGACGCUAGAAAUCCAUAUUGGACGCCGCUAAAUAUCCAUUACAUAUUGGACACCCAUGCACUGCGACGUAAAAGUGACGUCAUUCCCAUUGGUUUACGUUUCUUUGCAGUGCUAAUGUGCGUGUUUAUAACUGCGAAACAAACAAGAAUGAAACAUAAAUAAAUAAAACUAAUUGAUCAAGAGAAAUGUAGGUAGGAAAAGACAGAAUUGGAAAUUUUACUUCGUUAGCACUAAAGAAAUAGUUCGUCGUUUUAUAAUUUACAAAUCACAAAGUUUCAUUUACUACCAUGAAACUAAUAAGUUAAUGUUUAUGUGAUCUACAUUAAUUACCUUGGUCAAAGGAUAUAGAAUUGUAUGCGGCGAUAAAACAAUUAAUGUGGAUGAUGGGUUCUCUAAUGAUUAAAAAAGAAGAUAAAAAUACUCGAGAUUUUGUAUAGGCCUACUCGGUUUACUCAGCAGUCCGUAGUUUCAACCCGUAAAAUGGAUACUAAGUGCAGUUAAUCUACAAACCUGUGACACAUUUGGAUAAAGUUGCAACAUAGUGAAACGAGAGUCUGUGACGGUGAAAUACCCUUAAAAAUAGACUGGAACUCGACUCCAUAAUUAAACUUGUGCAAUUGGUCCUAAAAUGAAUUCUACGUAGUGGACAACAUGGUAUUUACUUGGUUUUUGCGCAUGCGUCAAGAUGGCAGGACGAAAUCUUUAGGACUCGAGCAAUUUUAACAUUUUAACUAUGUAAUGAUUUUAUUCAACCUCUACAAACUACUACUAAACAUUGAGUAACGAAGCUGAAACCGUACGCCUGAUCAUUUCAGUGGAAACUUUAAAAAUGAAUCAAGGUGAAUGUUUGAACAAAGUGACAUAUGAAAAUGGACAUAAAUGUACGUUUACCUGCAAAACUAGGCUUACGAUGUUUUGUGAAAUUGGGCCCUUGUUCAUAUGGACAAAAAAAUGCACGUUUGCAAAAUGACAACAGUGCAAAUUUACACAUGUAUGCAAAUGAUUAUUUUGCAAUGCGUUCAUAUGGAUUAGCUUUAACAGGAAAUCGUAAUAAUGACAUAUCCAUCAAAACCUGUAUCAUUUCGAACUGGACCAUCAGUAUGAUCACAUUACUUGCUUUUAGCAGUAAAAUAAGUCGACAAUU